CAUGCAUCUGUGAUUGGUACUAAGGCAUCAGCUGUGGGUUGUUGUUUUUUUUAAUAAUUUAUUUUUAUUGUUGAAAAUAUAAUGUUCGACUUUUAAUAGUUUUGUAAAUAAACGGACAGUUUUCUUGUUUAUUACAAAUAAAAGUGGGUUGGAUAUUUACGACAGAGGAAUAGUGUAAUAGGUGUAAAUGUUAUUCAAUCGAUUUCUACGAACUGCAUUUUUGUUAAGAGUAGCGAAUACUUGGAGUUUUAGCGAAAUGUCUUGUGCUGGAAAUCAAUGCAAUGUUAAACGCGAUAUAGCUUAUCUUAGCCAGGAAAAUGCAGCAGCUUUAGACCAGGACCUGUUUAAUGAAUACAAAUUUAGUGUGGAUCAGUUAAUGGAAUUGGCGGGAUUAAGUGUGGCUACUGCAGUAGCUAAAGUCUUCCCAACAACAUCUCACAAUUCAGCAUUAAUAAUUUGUGGUCCUGGCAACAAUGGUGGAGAUGGUUUAGUAGCUGCUCGGCAUAUGACUUUAUUUGGAUAUUCAGUUUCAGUGUACUACCCUAAACGCACACCUAAACCUCUCUAUGAGAACCUUUUAUGGCAAUGUGAAAAAUUUGGAGUGAAUAUUGUUGAUUCAUUACCACCGCCAAAUGAACUAAAGAACCAAUAUAAAGUUCUUGUUGAUGCACUAUUUGGGUUUAGUUUCAAACCACCUGUGCGGGAAGCAUUGAAGCCAGCCUUGGAUGCAUUAAUUGAUUCAGGGUUGCCAGUUUGCAGUGUAGAUAUUCCUAGUGGUUGGGAUGUAGAAAACGGUCCAGACUCAAAUCAUGCUUUAAAACCUGAUCUGCUAAUUUCUCUAUCAGCUCCAAAACUAUGUGCAAAAAAAGAAUUUAUUCAAGAUGCCAAACAUUUUCUUGGUGGUAGAUUUCUUCCACCUGGUAUCUUGCAGAAAUACAAUUUGACACUACCACCAUACCCUAGUCAGGAUCAGGUUGUAGAAUUAUAAAAAAAUUGUUAUUACUCUACAUUGCUGGUAUAUUGUGUAACAAUGGGAUGAAGUGCAAUAUUAUGUCUUUGGUGAUUUUAGUGAUAAGGUUGAAUAAAGUUUCAUAUUUUUUA